GGAUGAAAUUUUGAAGACGUUCCACUUAUUUCGUCAUCUUUUAGAUCUACCGUAUUCUGAUUCUGAGUUAUAUGGUUCAAUGUGGAAGCCUCUUGUUCGAUACAAGAUUUAGUUCGUGGCCCUCCCAUUGCAUUAAGUCAAAUUCCCUUGGAGUUAGCAAGUUUCAAAACAAAGAUGAUGAACGCUAUAAGGAAUCUUCUCGGUGCUCCACUUGCUCCAGUAGAUAUGGCCCCUACAACCAUUUUACACAACCACACAUCUUGUAGUAUGGAAUCUGUUGAGCGCAUUAUUGUUGAUUCAAUGAGUGUUUCCGAAGUUGAUGAUAAUGAUGUUUCUGUUGAAGCUGUUGUUCAUGCCUUUCCGUCCGAUCUCGUAGCUGUUGAUACCCCCGUAGCUGCAUUAGGUAAUGGAGAAGCUGUAAAGGCUCAAACAUUGAGCAAUGUCAUCAUUGCAUAUAGCUCUAUGCCUCUGUCCAAAACAGCCCAUGUAGUUGAUGCAAAUUUUGUGCAAGCGGACAACUCACAGUCAUUGGAUAUCAUCGAGAAUUCUAGCCAUGCUAAUAUAAUUGAGUUUGGGUACCGGAUCCUGCCGCGUGUAGUUAUGAUCAUGUCAUCAAGUGACCAAAAUCUUUGGGUCAACAUUUUCUCUGCAGUCCAGAAGCAUGAGUGGGAGCCUCCACCUUGAGGACAAGGUGGUUUUGUAAGGGGGU